CUGCCUGGGGUAUGGAGUGGAAUCGCGUUGGUGGUGUAUUAGCACUGCCUGGGAAGAUGGCGUCCUCGGAACCAGCCGAGCAGCGGCCGCAGCCUGGCUCCCCUCAGAUGAAGGAAGUUGCUCCACUGAGACACACGCUGAUUGCCACAGCAGUGAAGUUUCUGCAAAACCCCAAGGUCCGUCAGAGUCCCCUGGACACAAGAAAAGCCUUCCUCCGCAAGAAAGGUUUGACUGAUGAAGAGGUUGAGCUGGCUGUCCAGCAUGCGGGCGUUACCGCAGAGGAGCCCCAUUCCCGGAGUCCUUCAGGCCAGCAACACCUGCUCCACCCACCUCACCUGGCCCCUGUGCAGUACAGUCCUCCUGGCUCCAGAUGGCGAGAUUAUGGCGCUCUGGUGAUUAUAAUGGCUGGAGUGGCCUUUGGCUUCCAGCAGCUUUACCGGAAAUACAUCCUUCCCCUCAUUAUGGGCAGCAAAGAGGAUAAGAAGCAUCUGCAGAGGAUCGAGAGCAACAUUUCGGAGAUGAGUGGCACCCUGACACAGACAGUGACGCAGCUGCAGACAACUCUGGCCUCGGUUCAGGAGCUUCUCGUUCAGCAGCAGCAGAGAAUACAGGAGCUGUCGCAGGAGCUGGCUACUUCAGAGCAGACAUCUUCCGCGGCAAAUCGAAUGCUGGAGUCCCAGAGUAUAAAUGAGCUGAAAGCUGAGAUUGUCUCUUUGAAAGGACUGCUCCUAAGCAGAAGACAGUUUCCUUCAUCCCCUUCAGCUCCUAAGAUCCCCUCCUGGCAGAUUCCCAUCAAGCCAGCCACACUGAAUAGCUCGCCUUCACUCAACCAUAACAGCAGCAGCGACAUCUCUCCUGUCAGCAACGAGUCCACUUCCUCUUCCCCCGUCAAGGAGAACAACAGCCCUGAGAGGUUGAAGGGGAGCGUGCUGGGUGUUGACAGCGAGGUGGGUGUGGACACGGGUAUGGAUCUCAAAGACCAGGUGAGGAUGGAGGUGCAAGGGGAGGAGGAGAAGAAGCAAGAGGAAGAGGAGGAGGAUGAUGACGACGACGAUGUGAGCCACAUCGAUGAGGAUUGUCUCUCUGUACAGACGGAAGACCGCCGGGGGGGAGACGGACAGAUAAAUGAACAGGUGGACAAACUUCGGCGCCCGGAAGGAGCCAGCAAUGAGAACGAGGUUGACUAGCUUAUACGCGCACCUUUUUAGAUUGAUUUUGUUUCCCUUCCUUCGUUUUUAUUCCUUUCCUCCACUGAUAUACACAUGAUUCUAUUAAUUUUCUGUAUAAUCUAAUACGACAAAGUCUUCAGUGUCCAAAAAAAGCAAGUCAACAGAAUGUAGAACUGUGGCGCCCUGUUCUUCUGUGUGGUGUAUGUUCCAUUGAUUCGCAGUGUUGGUGCAACAAUAGUGCAUGGCUGGCACAGUAAGUAGUGUGUGGACUUUCUAAACUCGUAGGAUUAUGUGCUCAAACCAAUCAGAGUUCUGUCGACCCCACUGUGAUAGCAAUCGGGGACUGAUCUUGUACUCUGCACCGAGAAUCUAGGGAAGCUCUAAUUUUGCAGUGGGAAAAACUCAUUAGACAGUACGUGUAAUAGCUUGGUUUUCGCUGCUGUUUUCAGUGUAAUAAGCGUGUUAGAGUGGCACUGAGUUCUGAAGGCUGUUUGAUUUUCUUCUAAUGGGCUACUAUCUGCAAUUCUGCACACCAAAGACCCAUUCACCCGUUGCACCUUCGUGUUUUCAAGUCUGGGUAUCUGUUAGGGAUGUCGCCUUUCUGAAUUAAUUAUGUGGGGAAAGAAUAAACAAAGGGAGUGCAGGUUUAGCUAGUGCGCAGACAGCUUUGGCUCAGUGCUAGUUUCCAUCUGAUCCUUCCCCCCUCAACCUGAUUUGCUAGUUUGUAUGCAGCAGAAAUACUGUGUGUGAGAAUUACAAGAAUUACAACGUUAUUCAUGGGUCUGAAGCUGAAACCUUGUGGCUACCCAUGUCCAAGCAACAGGGGGCGAUCUGGAACAAAAUAAGUAUUGCUUGCUUAUAAAGCAGGGACUGGAGGGGGUGAAAAAAAGAAACCUAAUCAACUGAAUAUUGUAUGAAUACUUGAACUAAUGAAAUUACUCAUUUAUUCAGUUUGACCGCAGGAGGUUUUGUCUGACAAGUAUCCAUUCCUCUAUUAUGUACUUUUUAAAGACACCCCCCCCCCCCC